AGAUUCUAUUUAGAAAUAUGCAGAGCAGCCAAAAGGCCGGAGAGGCACAAGGGUUAUUUAAUGAAGAGAUAAUGUUCCAAUGCAGAAUAAUUGUUCACAAUACUGGAAAAGGGAAAAGAUUGCAACCACAUUUUGCAUUCUAAGAGUUAUCGGGUACAUUCAAAUGCCGCCAUGUUGCACUCUAACAUGGCGACUAUUAACGAAUGUUCGGCGGAGAACGAAGAAUCAGGAAGCAACCAACGUCAAUAUGGAAACAGCAGGCAAGAGGCAAUUGGUAAUGAAAAUGACUCUGGAGAUGAAGCCAGCUAUAGCAGCACGACCAGCAUGGAUUCACUGGCAGAUUUGAGAGCGAGAUCACAAAAGGCUAGAAAUAUCACAGAGAAAAGGCGGCGUGACAAGCUCAAUAUGUACAUCAAUCAGUUAGCUGCACUUUUGCCAUCUGAAGAUCUGCACAGAAUGGACAAGUCAUCUAUUCUGAAGCAAGGGGUGGAUUAUCUAAAGGAGUAUAACAGUUCCCUAGAUGGUAGCAACAAAGGAGGACUGAAAGGCUCUUCCUUCUUAUCAGCUGAUGAGCUUGGAGAGUUAAUGAUGGAGGCUUAUGAAGGUCUUGUCUUGGUUAUUGACGAAUGUGGCUUGAUAAAAUAUGUUGCUGAGCAUGUCAAUACCGUUUUUGGAUUAGAGCCUGAUAAAUUGGUUGGUCAGUCAAUAGAAAAGUUGGUUCACUCUGAAGAUUUGUGCAAUGUUUUAAACAAGAUGAGGAAACUUGUACCUGAAGGAGUUGCAACUGGCAUUAAGCAGUUGAAUGUCUCCGAUUUUGUGAAUUCAGCAGAGCAAAAAUCUCAACAACGGACAAAACAGUCUGUGCAGUGCUCAUUUCGACUUGUUCCUGGCGACUUAGAUGGCAACAGCUGCAGAGAGAUAUGCUGUAAAGGCUUUUGGAUUGAUAGAAAAUUUACUGAACACGAUCGUGAGCAAACCGAGAAUCUCCUGGUGUUACUAGCUAUGUCAAAGGACCACGACAAUUUAAGGGAGUUAUCCUAUCCCAGACCUCUGACCUUUUCAUCUCGGCAUGGAAUGGAUGGAAAAUUUUUGUUCGUCGACUCAAGCUGCACAAGAGUCACUGGCUAUUUGCCAUACGAGCUGCUGAACACUUCACUCUAUUUCUACGUCCAUGAAGCUGAUUUAGACGAGCUGACCAAUGCUCACACAAGCUUGACAACUGUUGUUGAUGUUGGCUCAAUUCUUGUCUUCUUCCAAUUUCGAUCAAAGAGUGACCAAUGGCUGCUUAUGAAGGUCAUUCUGAGAGUGACGUACAACCCAAUGACGUCAAAACCAGAAUAUUUCAAUGCCAAUUUAUCUCUGGCAACGCAAAAUGAGAUCUUGCAGUACAAGAAACUGAAGCUAUCCAAUGCCGAAGAUACGAAAAGAAGGCCGGACAUUUUAACACCAAGCAAUUCAAGUGUUUUGCUCUCCUCUAUAGUUCGAGGUAAUCAACAGCAAAGGAAAUCAAGGACGCCCGUUUCCACCCAGAAAGAGCCAAACUCAAGUGUAUCGUCGUCAUCAGAGAGUUGUACCAAGGAAUCUGAACGCCAGCUUAGUCCACGUGAAGGACCUGUCUCCACGUGUAGUGAAACAUCAGCUUCUCUGAUUUUUCCUGGCGAGGCGCAGUUUAACGACAGUCAAAUCACCCAAAAGUUCUCCGGACAUUUGCUAGCGGGAAUGGGUGACAUUGGCUAUAAAGCGUCUGAAGCACAAUUACAUGCCCAGCUUAAUGAUAAGAUUGGAUCGUUGUCGCUAUCGAUGAAAAAGCAGAAAUCACAGCUGGAGAAAAUUCACGGUAUGAUGAUGGAACUUCGACCUAAGAUGUUCUCAUCCGACGGUCUGGUAAAACAACAGGAACAAGAACAGCAAAUUUUCGAUUACAUUUCGUCGACGUUGGCAGAACAAAAAAAUCAAUGCAGUAAGCUCAAAGUAACCUUAGAAGGGAAGAUUCGGAUUUCGGAAACUAAACGACGUGCAAUUGAACUCCGCGGCAAAGCAAAAUUGCAUUCAGCUUCAUCUGCAAGUUUUGGGCAGCCUCCAUCUCUCGGUAGCAUGUCCCCGUUUUCAGGAAAAGAGCAGAGACCAAGAUCAGUCCUGUCCUGUUCCGAUGGAGAGAGUUUCCAAGGCUCCUCCUGUGUUGAAAGCCAGCUUUCACCACAAAUGUUUUCGGGCAGUCAACCUCCUUUAGCAGAAAAGAAAAUGGGUAAUAGCUUGAGAGAAGAAGCGGCGCUGCUUAACAGGGGGAGCGAAUCAUACGAGAAUUUUGACGACCAGGAACAGCAGUCGCUUCAGAGACAACUGCAGCAGCUUCAGCAUCAGCAAGAUGUUUUGAAUGCUCAAGGCAUGGCCCUGGCAGCUCAGGGUACUAUCUCUAGAGGUCAGCUGGAGUUUGUCCAAGCUUUGAUGCAACAGCAAAAGUCCUUGUUACCGGGAGCGGUCUCUCUGUCACCGAAUCAUGUGCAAAGCGACCCGGCUACGGUUCCCAAUAGCAUGCAGAGUCCAGCAUUUGAGCGUUUAAACCAGCAACAACACAAUCAGAAGAUUUUGAACUCUGUUCAGUUCCAAGGCCAACAAACAGGUGACUCGCAGAGAAAUUUUUACAACCAGUCCAGGGCUUUAUCGAUUAACAAACUGCUCCAAAAUAACCUGACUUCAGAGACGCCGGGAAACUCCCUGCCGUAUCAAGUGCUAUCACAGCUACAAAACCUCCAGCAAGAAUUGCAGGUGCAAAUGCAAAUGCUUGGCAGUCAAGAAUCGCAAGGUGGUGCUCAACAGUCGGAAGGGGUUUCCAAGGUUAUUGCAGCUCUGCAGCAAUUACAGCAAAUGCAAAUACGGUUAUUGCAAGACGCCAUUCCUGACAAAGGCGUAAUGUCACCAGGCACAGACUGCUAUGCGCCAGGAUCAACAAGUGAAACAGUCACUUGUCCUCAAUAUCCGCCCAUUUCUUUGAGUCAACCAUAUGGGAAUAGAAGCUUUUCCCCUGAUACCAACACUAGGAGUCAAUUACUAUCAACACAAGGCCAUCUGGGAGAUAAUCGGAGGCUAUUUCAAUCAACUUCAUCGGCAGGUCAAGCUUCGCCGCAGAGGCUAAGCACGAACGUGCCACGUGACAGUCAGCAGUUAAACGCAGCCCCAAGACAUCCCUUCCCAGAAUACCCAUCGUACCCAAGGUUUUCAUCACCAGACAGCCUAGCCUCAUUUCCAAGCCCAACUGUCAUUGACACUAGACCAAACAACAAUGUGAGGAAUAUGAUGCUUGGAAACUCAGAUGGAAAUGAAAAUUCCUCCGAAGCGAAAGGGAAGAAGUUGGCAGACGAUGAUAGCUUGUAUCAAUACGUUGACAGCCUUCCUGGACAAACACAGCAACUUAUGCAGCUACAUCAGGCACAAAGAAUGCAUAUUGUUAGGUGUCAGCAUCAACAGCUCCAGGCAUUGCAACAGCAACAAGAACAACAUCAGCAGCAACAACAUCAGCAGCAACAACAGCAGCAGCAACAACAGCAGCAGCAACAACAGCAGCAACAGCAACAUCAGCAGCAGCAACAACAGCUUCGUGAGGAGCAUGCGGCCAAACAACAUAUGCAACAACAACAGCAUCAACAGCAACUUCAGCAACACCAAAAUAUGAAACAAUCCCGUGCUAGUGAGGCAUCGACUUCUAGCUUAGUGGAUACCUCGCCAAUGCGGCUGAAUUACACACGAGAGUUGUCUGCAACAGGCACAAGCAGUGAUUUAGAACCAAAUGGAACAUCAUCUUUAAACCAAUGGCAGACAGAUUUGCAGGCAGAUCAGGUCAGUUCCAUGAGUGAUUUGGAUCUUUUCGAACUUCUAAGUGGGCAAGCUGCAAUGUCCUUGACCGAAGCGGACGAACAAGUUUUAGAUUUACUUAUUGCGGAGGGUGGUGAUAUGUUUUCAUUAUAGAAAAUUUUUUCUAUCGUAUUCUUGUAUGGUGUUGGCAUUAUAUACAGUGUAACUGCAUCCUAAAAGCUAAAGGAUGUUGCCUUGUUAGAUAAAUAAUUGCCCGUAGUUUUCGUGUAGUUUUAUGGGGCAGCCCUGGGGUAGGAUCAUAAUGUUUUUAUAAUGUCCUUGAAACUUUAAAAUCCUUAUUUACUGUUACUUUUUAUUUUACUUAUGUGUUUAUCUGUUCGCCAGUUGAUCCUUUUGUAAACAAUAUCGAAAUCAUUUUAGAGUCCUGCUCUUUUGAAAUUCACAAGCUGCGAUUUGCAGUCGUGGCUAGAGUGACGGCUUCUGUGCAUUAUGGGAUCAUUUUAAGCGAGUGUUAAGCAAGAUGUUAGAAUAAUUUCGAUUCUAAAUUCGAGAAAUGAAGCAUAAUUUCGAGAAAUAAUUUGCUACAGAAGUGUCGCAUUGUCAAAAGGCUACAGUAAUGCUACAGUAAUAGGUAAGCUACUAUACUAGGAACUUAGGUAGGUAUUCGCUGAUGGUAUUCAGUGCUGAAUGUUGCAACCAUGUCAUUUGAUAACAAAUGAUGAUUCUAUUUGAUAAACGCUACUGUAUUGUAAAUUGAAUAAAUUGUUUAUAAGCGACUUGUAAAUACGGAAUAUAGUUAUGAUGUUCUUAAAACACUCAAUGAAAAAUUACUCCUUGUUAUGUGUUAUGGUUUUUGCGUUUGGAGUAAAUUCGCUUUUUAAUGUUAAUACAGAUUAUAAGUGCUUGCUUAUUCUCAAUUAAUUGAUUGAUUAAAUUGAAAAAAUGCGAUAGA